GUAGAUGAAACAAAUUCAGUCUUUUUAUACAAGCGAGGUGAGGGUUAUAAAGAUUUCCACCACCCAGAGUUUGUUCCCAUGUUUAAAGAUCAGACAGACCCAACUGAAGUUCAAAAGGCUGAGCUAGUAUGUGGAAAGGAAAAUGAUGCAUGUAUAUUUGAUUACCUAGCAACAUUAGAAAAAAUUAUUGCUGAGAAUACCAAACAAAUAAUGCUGAAACAAGAUUUUGUGGCUCAGAGUUUAGGUAAUGUAUUGAGUGUCACAUUAUCAAUUUUAAGGAUUUUUAUUUAUGAAUAUGAUGUAGGGAAAACUUUAGGCUAUAUUUAUUUACUAUUAAUCUGUUAACAUACUUUUGUUUUAGAAUUCAUCGUAAACUUUUUGGGAAAAAAUAUUAUAUGUAAUUUUGUAAUUUAUUUCUAAUAAGAUAAUAACUAUUUGUUUAAUAUUUCUCAAGUUUUAUUAUACUAAAGUUUUGGUCACAUUUUCCUGAUCUUUAACUUUACUUAUUGUCUUUGAACUGACUGCCAUCCCCCAAUCCCAACAGAAAAGGCAUUAGUACUUCAUCAACAUGUCCCUUAGUCCUUGGACUGUUGGGGCACCACAGAUGACAUGAAAACUAUCCUCUUCCAUUCCUCUCUAUUUUCUGCACUUCGCAGUUUUAGUCCUGUCCGUUCUUGGAUGUUAUUAUCCCAUUUUUUUCUCUGUCUUCUUCUUCAUUGGUACUUAUAACUAUAAAUAAUUUGGUUAGUUUAAAGCAUAUCUUAAAAAGAAUUAUAUUAUACAUUUUAUUACAGUACUAUGUGCUUUAAAAUGACUUUUUGUUUAAUUUUUCAUAAAGAUUUUAACAAUUUUUUUUUCUUUAUCUUUUUUAAAAAAAGUAAAUCACCCCCCUAGUUUGUCACUCAACAGUAGCUUAUUGACAGCAACAGGUAAAUGGGUGGUAACAGCAAGAGUGGAAACAUCAAUACAAGUUCUUACACAGGAUGAUGAUGGAGAUGAUGUCAGUAUUGAGAUAGCAGAACAAACAAAAGGAGUAAAAGUGACCAAACAAAAUACAAUUAUUUAUACACCAGAUCUACUUAAUCCAAUUGCUUUAAGGUAUGAUGAUUUUCUAUUUUAACUGUAAGGCUACUUUAGACUAAUGAUUUAUAGUUAACAUAAAUUUGUGUGCUAUUAUAAAAUCAAUUCUAGCAAAUCAUUACGUGUUGUCCAAUUUUUUAAAAAUUAAAUGAAUAAUGGACUACUCAAACAUUUAAAUUUCAUUAGUCUUAUUUAUGCCUAUAUUAUAUUUACCUGUGAAAAGUUUAUUUAAUGUUAUAAUAGGUACAAUUAGGCCUAAAAUAUAUAUAUACUGGUAUGUGUGAUUAAAUGAAUAAUUCAUUAAAUGUCUUGAUAACUCUGAACAAGAUAAGCCAAAGUUAAAUUCAUAAACAGGACAAACGAUUUUGAUAUAUUGGCUUAGAGUCUUCAUCAGAAAACAAGACAAAAAGAAGUAUAACAAGUAUCAGAUCACAGUAAAAAAAAAUUUAGAGAUAUCCUUUUGUUCCCAGAUGUAGGGUUACAGGAAGUGAAAGAAUAUAAAUAUUGGUACUGGGAAAAAUGAGAAUCAGGUAGAAUCCUGUCCAUUAAUUAUUAUCUAUGAUAACUCUCUCUGUCCUAAUGGCUACAAAUAAACAUCAGCGUGCAGUAUUUUCAAAUAAGACUUCAUUUAAUGUUUUAAACCGUACCCUAUCUUACUUUCUUAAAGAAUGAAAGCUAAAGAUUCAAAGAAUGGUACCAGUCCAAUACUGACUGUAAAUUUAGCAGUCUGUCCAGACUGCAGUGGCAAUGGCGAAUGUGACAACAGUGCAGAAAGUACUUAUUUCAAUGGUAUAUUCCAGAUAUUACAGUGUAAAUGUUUCCCAGCUUAUACAGGUAAUUGAAAAAUAAUUUGUUUGAGUUGAUCAUUAGCUUUAGAUACAAAACUUUAAUUCUUUUCACAGAAAAAAAAAAUUAGGUUAGAACAAUAAUAUAAAAAAGAAAUGAUAUGCUUCAAUUGAUUGCAUUUUCACCCAAUCGUAUUUUUUUUAAAAGACUGAUAGUUUUAAUAAGUUGUUCAAAUAAAAUCCUAUGCAAAACUGAGAAUAUGCUGUUUUACAUAAAUCAUUUUCAAAAGGUACACAGUGUGAAUCAGAAUUUGAUGCUUGUAACAAUCAACCAUGUCUUAAAGGACAAAACUGUACAGACCUAACAGCGACUCAACAAGGG